UUUUUUUUUUUUUUUUUUUUUUUUUGAGUUCUGUUUGACAUGUUUUUCGCAGACUCCUUGCAAGAGUGAUGAACAAGUCCGCCAUUUGCUCUACCAGGCUCACCAGGCUCAUCAUUACAACACGGACAUCGCGAAGGUGCGGGUUAUUGGUAUGGCGAAGAAGGUCGGGGUGGACAUGAAAUGUAAGCCUAUUCAUGGCAAUCAUGUUGCAGCACCAACUGGACAUGUUGUCAUACAGGUUCCUGGAGUGCAUUCUCAGACUCCUUCGCCUGCUGGUCAGGCAGAUGAUGAUUCAGAGGUGCCUCCAUCUACUGUGUGUACUAUUAUUGGUCGCUUCAAGGAUGUUUUCCGUCUGGGCUAGGUUGUUCGUGUGUGGGGAGGUCUUGUCAUUGGAUGAUGUAUGUAAACAGACAAGAUUAAUGGAUCUUUAUUUGUGGUAUCAUGCACUGCAUUGUGGUUUCUUAGCAGUAGCCGGUCUUUUGGUUUUUCUGGCCAUGUAUUCAUCCAGCGCUGUGGAGUCUGCAAGAUGUUCCUCAGGUUCCCAUGUGGCAUCUGAUUUCAGCCAUCCUUUCCACUUAACAAGGUAUUUGUGGUGAUUUCUGACUUUUCUGUCAUUCAGUACUUCCUCAACUGCAUACUCGUCAUUUUCAUUGACUGGUCCCGGGCGAUCAUGCGGUUCGUUCGUGCCUUUCCAUGGCUCAAGUAAG